GCCCGCCCCGCGAACCACGCCCCCUCCCUCCUCCAGCGCUGUUCUCGCAGUUCGAGCGGAGCAGCCGGCGGAGUGGAGCAGACUGCCAGGUCAGCCAUGUCAUCUGAGCCUCCUCCUCCAUCACAGCCCCCCACCCAUCAGUCCUCGGUUGGGCUGCUGGACACCCAACAGGCCCGAGAUCGCUCACCAUCCCCUCUUCGGGGCAACGUGGUCCCGAGCCCACUGCCCACUCGCCGGACAAGGACCUUCUCCGCGACGGUGCGGGCUUCCCAGGGCCCUGUCUACAAAGGAGUCUGCAAAUGCUUCUGUCGGUCCAAAGGCCACGGCUUCAUUACCCCAGCUGACGGCGGCCCCGACAUCUUCCUGCAUAUCUCCGACGUGGAAGGGGAGUACGUCCCGGUGGAAGGCGACGAGGUCACCUAUAAGAUGUGCUCCAUCCCGCCCAAGAACGAGAAGCUGCAGGCUGUGGAGGUGGUCAUCACCCACCUGGCGCCGGGCACCAAGCACGAGACCUGGUCCGGCCACGUCGUCAGCUCCUAGGAGGGGCCAGAAGCACCCCUUCUCCCUGGCUUGGGGGCGACUCUGGGGGAGGGGGAGGCAGGACCAAACUGGAGAGGACAUUCUGCCACUUGAGAUGGGGCUUCAAGGGGGGAGUGUGGUCCCUUUCAAGUAUCUCCUGGAGGAAGGGGUGUGGGGGGCAGGCGCGGGGUGCUCUUGGCCACCAGCAUUGCCUCUGACCAUCGCAACCAACAUCUCACCAUCUGAAAAGCAUUAAAAGCAUUGAAAAAGGAGAGGUGCCCCGCUGGUGGCUGAGUGGAGGGUCCAACCCUGGCCCAGGGACUGAGUCCUCAGCCCUGAGAGUCUUUGGAGGCUCAGAAUUCCCAGUCUGGCCUGUGGGGGGUUAUGUGGACCCCACAUAUUUUCCCAGGAGGAAUUCCCACCCAAGCGCCUCACCUUGUGUCCCUUGUCAGCCCUGGAACUCUGGACAGAGCAGGCUUUUCUGAUUCUCGGCUGGUUGUGCCAGGGGGCCGGGAGGGGGUGGGUGGAGGGUGUCUUUGGUGCCUUUGCAGCGGGAGGCGUCAGAGCCGGACGUCUGGGACCCCGAGUGCUCCGAGCCGAACCCUCGCUCUUUUCAAAGCCUGGUCCUUUCUGUCCGUCUUCAGAUUGAGUGAUCCUGGCUUAGCAGCCCCUUCACAUCCCCGUCAUUUGGGUAGUGGGUGGGGGUAAGGAUGGCGGUGGGUGAAGGAGGUGUAGAGAGGGGAGGGUCUUUGUUUAAAAACAGACCUUUCUCCGGACCCAUCCAGGAAAGAGCAGCCAGCUUGCUUCCUGACCGCCUGGUAGAGUCAAAAGUUGGAGAGAAACACCUUUGGUGCGGUUUUCUGGAAAACUCAUGUGAAGAACGGCUUAGGGCUUUUUUUUUUUUUUAAAUAACUGACACUCUCACCGGAGCCAGCUCUGUUUACACUUUGCUGCCCACAUCGCGAACCUUUGUAGACGUUCCCAGUGAGCAGAUCCUUCGGAUUUUCUUUGCUGUGGUUUGGUUUGCUUUAGUUGUGAUUUAAAAACAGAAAUAGCUGGGAAGUAGGUUUUGAAAUAGGUGGCCAAUGUGUAGUCAGGGAUCCCCUUGUCGAUGCAGGGAGGCAAGCUCUUUAAAGAGGGCGGCCUCCCCCAGGCUCCUUACUCCGUGCACAGUGUCUUUCAGCCUAGAAGUGGCUUCAUCCAAAAGUGGGCGGGAGGCCAGAAUUGUUCUGCUGAGGCCCAGUGGGGUUGGGUUUUUUUUUCUAAGUGUAACCGACCUGUGACACUGUGUUAGCUCCAGGUGUGCAACACAGUGGUUCGAUGUCUCUAUACAUUACAAAGUGACCACUGGGGUUGUUUUGAAAUAGGCAGGUGAGUGUGUUGGUUAUGGUGUGCAGUGAAACACUGCAGUUGAGGAAGUUGAUCCUUUUUCUCCUGGCCUUUCGUGUCCCUGGAGGGGUCCUCCCACCUCUGCCUUCUGCUGGUCUGCGGUGGCCUUUCCCUUCCGGCCUUGGAAGUCCCCCCUGGAGGCCUCUGACCAUCGAGUACAGACCACACUUCUGCAGCCACGUUGGCCGAGACCUGUGUGGGCUCCUGGCGGUUGAACGCUCGCAUCUGCACCCCACCCGCUCCCCCAGCGUCUCCAUGGCCUUGGCCUCACCUUGGCACACGGCUGGGGCUCCCUGUGGGGCUGGGAGUCGGGUCUGCCCCUCGGAGGUGAUCUUUGGGCCCACUCGCUGGGUAGAAUCCUUUGUAAACGGCCCUUGCUCUGUCCUUCCUGCGUGGCCACGUCUUUCUCAUCAUUAGAGCUGAAAGGGACCCCCUCCCCGCUCAAGCACAGUCUCAAUUUACAGACUCCUGGAGGCUCUGGGAGGACGGAUGGUGUUGGUGACAGAGCCGGGAACAGAAUCCGGCAUUGAUUCCUGACUCCACAUCUUUCCUCCCCUGGCACCUCCCUCUCAAUAAAAGUGUUUUGCGUGAG